AUGCUGCUGAAGGGCUGCUGCAUCAUCUGGACUCUGCUGUGGGGCACCGCUGCUGCUGCAGUCUUUGAAGAUACCCUGAAGUGCCUUUACCUAAACGGGCGCUGUGAGCAGUUCUGUGAUGGCUCAGGAUCUAGACGUCGAUGUUACUGUGCUGAUGGAUACGUGCUGGGAGACGAUGGACGACACUGUGUCCCCAAUGUCUUCUUAGACAGCCAAGUGGCCAAUCAAGUGCUGAAUCGAAGGAUACGAGCUAACAGCAUUUUUGAGGAGUGGAAAAAAGGCAACAUGGAAAGAGAAUGUGUGGAGGAGCGCUGUAGCUGGGAAGAGGCGCGAGAGAUAUUUGAAGACAAAGAAAAAACUGAUGAAUUCUGGGCCAAGUAUAUUGAUGGAGAUGCGUGUAUAUCAUCACCCUGUGUUAAUGGCGGCCAAUGCAAAGAUGGAAUUGGCAGCUACGCUUGCUACUGCCAAGAAGGGUACAAGGGCUUCAACUGUGAAAUUGGUGAAUUUGACAGGUUGGUAAAUGAGGGCACUGAAGCUGACCAUAUUGUGGACACGAUCCUCACCCACAGAGGGUACAAGGCAGACACCUACCACAAUGACAUUGCACUCAUCAAAUUAACCACACCCAUCAAAUUCAGCAGGUUCAUUGUGCCAGCCUGCAUUCCUGAGCAAGAAUUUGCUGAAAAGGUCCUGAUGCAGCAGCCGGAUGGCAUGGUUAGCGGUUUUGGACGUCUCGGCGAGGGUCGGGAGCCAUCCAGCAUCUUGCAGCGCCUAUCUGUACCUUAUGUGGACCGUCGAACCUGCAUCGAAUCCACUCCUUUACGUAUCUCGCAGCGUAUGUUUUGUGCUGGUUAUGACACAAUAGCCAAGGAUGCCUGCCAAGGUGACAGUGGCGGGCCUCAUGUCACACGUUACCGUGACACCUACUUUGUCACUGGCGUUGUGAGCUGGGGUGAAGGCUGUGCACGCAAGGGCAAGUAUGGUGUUUACACCCAGGUGUCCAAGUACAUUCAAUGGAUCCGUGAUGGUAUGAAGACGCUGAUCCAAAAAAACAAGACCGGCAGCAGGAUGAAGAGGAACCAUGCCCAAAUAACAAGGCUUUAUCUGUAA